CGAUUCCAUUUCAAGUUAACCUUAUCGAUAUGGAGGAUAGCAACUCUCACCCGCAAAAUCAAACAUCAAAAAGAAAAAGCUCUCACCCGCAAAAGAAGCAACGUAUGGAGAAUGAAACACGAUCGGCUAAGUUGUUGGAUCUUGAUGUUCUUGACUGUCCGGUUUGCUUCGAGCCGCUCACUAUUCCUACCUUUCAGUGUGAUGAUGGACAUAUAGUUUGCAAUUUUUGCUUUGCCAAAGUGAGUAACAAGUGCCCUGGUCCUGGGUGUGAUUUACCCAUUGGUAAUAAGCGAUGCUUCGCAAUGGAGAGGGUUCUCGAAUCAGCCUUUGUUCCAUGUCAAAAUACUGAGUUUGGCUGCACAAAAAGUGUCUCUUAUGAAAAAGUGUCAAGUCACGAAAAGGAAUGCAACUACUCUCAAUGCUCUUGCCCUAACCUCGAAUGCAAUUACACUGGCUCAUAUAACAUCAUCUACGGUCACUUUAUGCGUCGCCAUCUUUACAAUAGUACGAUCGUUUCCUCCAAAUGGGGAUAUUCCACUGUUGAUGUUCUAAUAAACAUCAAAGAAAAGGUUUCAGUUCUCUGGGAAUCUCGUCAGAAACUUUUGUUUGUAGUUCAGUGUUUCAAGGAGCGACAUGGUGUUUAUGUUACUGUUAGACGCAUCGCACCACCUGCUUCAGAAUUCAAGAAGUUCUCGUAUCGUCUUUCGUAUAGUAUCGACGGACAUAAUGUUACUUACGAAUCACCAGAAGUAAAGAGGCUUCUUGAAGUGAAUUCUCAAAUCCCUGAUGACAGUUUCAUGUUUGUCCCUAACUGUUUACUGCAUGGUGAAAUGUUGGAGUUGAAGCUUGGCAUCAAGAAGUUGAAACAAACUUGUAUAAUCCAAAAGCUUUCUGGUUUGGUUCCCGGUUCGGUUUUGUACAUAGUAGGAUUUUUAAUAAAGCCUGCUAAUGAGGUUCAGCAAGUUACCAUUGCUCAGGAAACUGUUAUGGAGGAUCCUCCAACGUCUCUGUUUAAGAAUUCAGUACCAAUUCGAGAGGAUCAAAUUCAGAACGCUAUCACAAAUUCCAUUCGCUAA